CUGUCGCGGCGGCGCGGCGGGCCAUGGUGGCCGGCGGGGCGAUGGUGGCCGGCGGACGGGCGCGGAAGCUAGUGCGGCGCUAUCGGCUGGCGGCCGCCACGGCUCUCGCCAUCCUCCUGCUCCAGGGGCUCGUCCUCUGGAGCUCCGCCGGCCUCGAUGAGGAGGGCCUGGCCGAGGAGCGGCAGAAAAAAGCUGGGUUUCCCGAGAGCAGCGAUGGCUCCAAGGACUCGGACAGCUCUGCUGGGCACCGGAGCAGCGCCAGCCGCAAGCAUGGCCGAUGGCGGGGCCGGCUGGACAGCCCCGGGGCCAUGGUGUCCAAGGUGGUGAGAGCCAUCACGGCCAGGCACAAACCAGGAUGGAGGCUGCCGGCCAUGCUGGAUUCCUCCAGCCACAGGAACCUGACAGAGCUGCGUGGGGAGGCCCAGCUGGCCAUCUUCCAGCAGGGUGACACAGGCAGCGUGGAGGGGGCUCCCCAGCCCACUGAGAACAGUUUCACCCCCAAGUGUGAAAUCACGGGCAAAGAUGCCCUGUCAGCGCUGGCCCGGGCCAGCAGCAAACAGUGCCAACAGGAGAUUGCCAACGUGGUGUGUCUGCACCGGGCUGGCAGCCUCAUGCCCCAGUCUGUGCCUCGCCACUGCCAGCUCUCAGGCAAGGUCAGCCCUGUGAUCCAGUGGGACGAAGGCCGGCUGCAGCAGGGUCCUCCCAGCAAACCUGUGCGCAUUGCCUACAUGCUGGUGGUGCAUGGCAGGGCCAUCCGCCAGCUGAAGCGGCUCAUCAAGGCCGUAUACCACCAGCAGCACUUCUUCUACAUCCACGUUGACAAGCGCUCCAACUACCUCCAUCGCGAGGCUGUGGAGCUGGCCCGGCACUACCCCAACAUCCGUGUGACACCCUGGCGCAUGGUGACCAUUUGGGGAGGUGCCAGUUUGCUGAAGAUGUACCUGCGUAGCAUGAAGGACCUGCUGGAACUGUCUGAGUGGCCCUGGGACUUCUUCAUCAAUCUGAGUGCCACUGAUUACCCCACAAGGACCAAUGAUGAACUGGUGAUGUUCCUGUCCAAAUACCGAGAUAAGAACUUCCUGAAGUCACAUGGCCGAGACAACGCCAGGUUUAUCAAGAAGCAGGGCCUGGACCGCUUGUUCCAUGAGUGUGACUCCCACAUGUGGCGGCUGGGCGAACGCCACAUCCCCGAGGGCAUCGUGGUGGACGGGGGCUCUGACUGGUUCUCGCUGACACGCAGCUUUGUGGAAUAUGUGGUCUAUGCUGAGGACCAGCUGGUGUCCCAGCUGCGCCAGUUCUACACCUACACACUCCUGCCAGCUGAGUCCUUCUUCCACACGGUCCUGGAGAACAGCCACGCCUGUGAGACGCUGGUCGAUAACAACCUCCGAGUGACCAACUGGAACCGGAAGCUGGGCUGUAAGUGCCAAUAUAAACACAUAGUCGACUGGUGCGGGUGCUCCCCAAAUGACUUCAAACCCCAGGACUUCCUUCGGCUACAGCAACUCUCCAGACCCACCUUCUUUGCCCGCAAGUUUGAGUCAACGGUGAAUCAGGAGGUGCUGGAGAUCCUGGACACUCACCUCUAUGGCAGCUACCCCGCCAACACCCCGGCCCUCAAGGCCUACUGGGAAAAUGUCUAUGACCGUGUUGAUGGGCUCAGCGGUCUCACCGAUGUCACCCUCACCUUCUAUACAGCCUUCUCCAGGCUGGGGCUCCACAAAGCCUCAUCCACACCAGCAGCCAAGGCUGACAAACUCUGCAGAUUUGAGCCUCGAGGCUUCCCCUCCAGUGUACACUUAUAUUUCUAUGACGACCGUUUCCAGGGUUACCUGGUGAUGCAGGAAGUACAAAAUUUGGCAACUGGUCAGACAGAAUCCUUGGAGGUGUGGAUGAUGCCCCAAGGAGCUCUGAAGCUGUCCAGUCAUGGAGGGCAGGCAAACCGCUUGCAAAACCUAGAGGUGGGCACAGAGUGGGACCCCAAGGAAAGACUCUUCCGCAAUUUUGGAGGCUUGAUGGGGCCUUUUGAUGAACCGGUGGCUAUGCAGAAGUGGUCACGGGGCCCCAACCUGACGGCCACGGUGGUGUGGAUUGACCCCACCUCUGUCAUUGCUGCCUCCUACGACAUCACGGUGGAUGCUGAGGCAGAGUUCACCCAGUACAAGCCCCCCCUCAACCACCCCCUGCGCCCUGGCAUCUGGACCAUCCGCCUCCUCCAGUUCUGGGAGCCUCUGGGGGAGAACCAGUUCCUGGUGGUGCCUCAGACCUUCAAUCGCAAGCAGCCUCUCAGGAAAGACGACAGCAACUGGCUGCAUGGUGGCCCCCCCCACAAUGAGUACAUGGACCAGAACUUCCAGGGCCUGGGCGGGAUCCUCAACCUGCCGCGCUCCAAGGUGGUAGAGGAGGAUGCAGUGCAGAAGGCACGGCUGACGGGCAAGGAGCUGGAGGACUGGGUGGAUGCUGCCAUCGGCGCCUUCUGGUCCGCAGCUAAUGUCUGUGUCAGCAGCCCCUCUGCCUGCACUUCCCUGGAGACCUGCAGCAAAACCUCCUGGAGCUCCCUCUCCCCAGACCCCAAAUCAGAACUGGGGCCUGUCAAACCUGACGGGCGGCUGAGGUAGCAGGAGCAGCCAGAGGGGGCAGCCUUGGGAGCAGGGAGCAUCCUCCGUUUCUGAUUUGGGGGCUCUCUCUGGACCACAUCACCCUGUGCCAUUUGCACUGUAGUCACUCAAGGAAGAGAAAAUGGGAACCUCCAGACAGGGGAAAACCUUCUCCUGUGGAGUAUUUUGGGAGGAGGGAGAGGCAUGAGGUGGGUCUUACCCAUCUCUGCAGGAAUGAGCCCUUGCUGGCCAGGGAGAGUGUGCUGGAGUGCCCAUCCCUGUGGGGGCAUGGCAGGCACCUGGGAAAAGCUGUGUGUUUGUUACUCCACGCCUUGGAGCAUCAGGAAAGGGUGAUGUGGGAGGGAGGGAUUGCUGGUGAGUGGGCACGCUCUUGACCAGCUCAGCAUCCUGCCCAGCUGCAGACUAGAACUUGGCAGGAUGGGCCCUUGUUGCUGGCUGCUGCCCUGGUGGGCUGAUGAGGGAUUAGGGAUAGGGAGAAGCAGAAUGAGUCAAAACCUGCCGUGUGCACAGAGCUGCUGCUGGCUUAGGGUUUACAUCUCAUCCUUUCCACCACAGCCCUUUAGUUUGUAUUUUUAUAAAUAUAUAUAUAGAAAUAUAUGAUGCAAAGUGCAAUAGAGACGAGACCCCGCAUUGGUCGGGAAGUCCCUGUGUCUCCAUUUCCCCUCAGACUGUAACAUACCUUGUUCCCUUGGGUGUCCUGGUGCUACAGGAUAGGGUUCUGGGUCGUUUACAUCCUUUUUUAUUAUUAUUAUUGUUAUUGUUUUGCUGUUUGCCCAUUUCCUGCUGAGGGCUGCUGGGGACCUGUAACCUGUUGGCCUUGAGGCAGGGCUGCCCCCAGAUUGUGGGGCAGCUGCCCAACUGUGCCAAAUGUCUGGAACCCUGGUGUGUUGUGCAGCAGUGAGCAGGGAGUGCUCAGUGUGUGGUUCAGGUCUGACAAGCUGUGCUGUAGACCCUGCCACUUCUGUAUCCACUUCAGCAAAAGGACGCCCUGAUCCCCUGCCAAAAUAUCAUCCACAGGGCCGAUGUCCUGCUGCGGAUGAGCCGUGCCUGGAGGGCUGCCCUGUGCCACAGCUCCUUGACCCGACUUUUUCUCUUCUCCCAUGUUGGCAGAAGCUUUCGGGACCCACUGUGCUUCCCUGGGCAAAAAGCAAAGCAGCGAGAUGAGGUCCGGCCAGCCCCAUCCUCCCUCUGCUGUUUCUGCUUCCCACUGCUCCAGAAGGAAUAGGCGCCACCUCCUCUUGGGAAGGGUUGCAGUGAAGCAUCCCCCUUCCCUGCAGUGCCUGCAGGAUGUCCUUGGGGUUUGCCUCUAAUGUUCUUCUCUCCAAGACUGAUGCUGCCCGGAGAAGUCUGGGUUUGGUUUCAUCCUGGGAAGACACUUCACAGCUGGGGACAAUUUGGAGCCCAUCUGGUCCAACCCUCUGUUCAAAGCAGGGUCCAGGAGCUGGUGGGGUUUUGCUGUCUCCAUGGAUCCUAACUUUUCUCCCCUGCCAUCCUAACUUUUCUCCAAUGUCCCAGCUCUCUCUGCCCAGCAGGUCUGACACUCCCAGUCUCCAAAUCUGAGGAUGUGGGUGUUGCAAGGUGUGUACUGUAAAAUGGAGGGGACUGAGACCUCUGUGUGUGAGGGCAAGUACCUGCUGGCACUCAGCCCCUCUGUCCUGUACCCACUUCUGCCUGGGGCGCUUUGGGGCAGUGGAGGAAUGUGGGGGGAGGAAGGCCACACACUGGAGGAUGCCAAAACUGUGUGUCAGAACCAUUAUGUAAAGUUGUCUUAAAUAUGCAACAUUACCACAAAUAACAUCUCUAUCUCUACA